AUGUUCAGGGACAACGAAGAUGAAGAGAAGAUUGCUCAGUGGAAGCGAUAUGUCACUGAAUCGUUUGUCGAGACCGCCGUCUCCUUGCACAAACGGGUUUUCUCCAACACCAAACUUCUGGAUCUUCUCCUGGAAGCAGAUGAGUGUCCGAGUGAUGCGAACCCCUUCAAUAGCUACACCAAGCUCCAGGUCAUAGUGCACAAAGCCAAGUCUCCCCGCAAUGUGGAAUGGUGUUUUUGUGCCAUGAAAUGGGGAUGGAAAUCUGAACUGAUCAGCGAGAUGCGGGAGGUUUGCAAAGACCAUGUGAGUGAAUGGUGCGCACACUCUGAGAUCGAGAACCGCAUUGGAACCAUCCAAGAGCAGGCAGACAAAGAAAUCAAAGAAGCCAAAAAGAAAAGUGGUGAGGAGAAUGCUGAGGACGACGAGGACGACGUCCAACUGGUCGAAGAACCUGUGGAGAUGGAGGAGGAUGAGAAAGGAACCGGCCACCUGAAGGUUCCCGAAUCAGUCCUGAAGACCAGAAAGAGGGGAACGAAAAACCAGUCGACAGAUGGUGAGCCUUUGGACUUGGAUGAGGAGUCAUUGCGAAGAUUGGAUGCGUUCAAGCUGAAGGCCUGCAAUAUGGUGCGAACCCAUGUAAAGCUCAUCGUGGAGGAGGACAAUGUUCAGGCCAUGACAGCUGCUUUGGAAACCACCUCUUUCACUAAGUGGAAAGGGGAAAUCGAUCCAGAGACGCUUGAAAAUGGCACAAUGCGCCCGGGCGACUGCAUGAUCAUCAUGGACGGAGGCCGCGAAGGCAUCUUGUCAGCAUGUGGCACUGAGGAGGCGGGGCUGGUCUACAAGAAACGACGCCACUAUGGAGGCACAAGUCAUGGAGACUGCAUCGGCCCAGUCUUGGCGCCAGAUUGGGACGAUGAGAAAGAAACAUGGAGGGUGACCUAUGGGGAGAAGAAACUGCUCUAUGGCACUGCAAACCGAAUCGCUGUGGGUGGGCGUGCUGAUGAACCUGUCGCCGACCACCAGAAGGGCAUCCGACGCAAGGACACUGACGUGGAGCCCGUCGCAUAUCACUCUCUGCCUAGCGAAGCGGUCGCUGAAGUCUUCCAUGAGUUCAACAUCUCAGCCAUGUUGGAUUUGAGUUGCUGUGAUGGAAAGACAGCAUGGGAAGCUAUCUUGCAAAGGGUAGCUUAUAUUGGUGUGUGUUUCACCGAAGACCAUGUGACUUGA